CUCCUCUCUUCUUGCAGGUGGUACAAGCUGCACUCCAAGGCUGGCAAGAAGGAGAAGGAACGUGGCGAGAUCCAAGUCACCAUCCAGUUCACACGCAACAACCUCAGCGCCAGCAUGUUCGACCUGUCUAUGAAAGACAAACCACGGUCCCCCUUCAGCAAGAUCAAGGACAAGAUGAAGGGCAAGAAAAAGUAUGAUCUGGAGUCCGCCUCUGCCAUCCUCCCAAGUAGUGCCCUGGAGGACCCUGAGCUGGGCAGCCUGGGCAAGAUGGGCAAAGCCAAAGGCUUCUUCCUCCGCAACAAGCUGCGCAAGUCGUCUCUGACCCAGUCCAACACCUCACUGGGCUCAGACAGCACCCUGUCCUCAGCCAGCGGCAGCCUGGCCUACCAGGGGCCUGGCGCCGAGCUCCUCACCCGCUCACCCAGCCGCAGCAGCUGGCUGUCCUCAGAAGGGGGCAGGGACUCUACACAGUCCCCCAAGUUGCUCACCCACAAAAGGACCUACAGUGAUGAGGCCAGUCAACUGCGAGCAGCUCCUCCCCGGGCCCUUCUCGACCUGCAGGGCCACCUGGACACGGCCUCCCGCUCUUCUCUGUGUGUCAACGGCAGCCACAUUUACAACGAGGAGCCCCAGGGCCCCUUGCGGCACCGCAGCUCCAUCUCAGGCCCUCCACCCUCCAGCUCCCAGCACAGUGUCUCUUCCCGGCCCUCCGAGGGAGGCCCCCGGUCUGCAGAUGACACCUGGGCCAGAGGCAGCUGCAGUACCAACAGCUCAGAGGUGGCAUCUGGACAGGAGGAGCUGAGCCAUCAGGCCAAAGCGCUGGCCAUAGGGUCUGGUGGCUCUGGAGAGGAGGAGGGGGUCCAGCUCCCAGAGGGGAAACCAGUGCAGGUGGCCACACCUAUAGUAGCCUCCACUGAGGCCAUGGCAGAGAAGGAGGGAGCCCGGAAGGAGGAGCGGAAGCCCCGGAUGGGCCUUUUCCACCAUCACCACCAGGGGGUGGGGCGUCGCAGCUCUCUGGGGGAGAAGGGAGGUCCCACUCCAGGGGCCUCCCCCCACCACUCAUCCAGCGGGGAGGAAAAGGCCAAGAGUAGCUGGUUUGGCUUGAGAGAAACUAAGGAACCAACUCAGAAACCCAGCCUGGACGUGUCUCCUCAGGUAGAAUCUGACCCAGCUGCUCUUCCUCACCACCUCCCCUGCUCCCCCUGUGCUCCGGUCCCCCCUUCUCCUGCUCCCACCGCUGCUCCCAUGCUAAGCACUAACCUUUUUGCAGCCGCCUCCCCCGCUGCUGCCACUGCUGCCGCCACCACCGACAUCCCCGAAGCCACCCCAUCUGGAUUAUUGGGUCUCACGAACCCAUUCCUCACCUCCUUGCAGAGCAACCCUUUCUUCGAGGAGCUCAUAGCCAACAUAGCACUAAAUUCUCCUUCACCUGCUCCCUCUCUCCCCAGUGCCUCGAGGGCCAGCCCCACCCCCCUGGCCUCCCCUGAGAAAUCCCCGCCUGAGAGGGACGACACCUUCAACAUCUUUGCUGCCAGCAGGCUGUGUCCACAGGCCAGGAGCGAGACCCUGGCCCCUGCAGGAGUGGGCCUGGAGUCGCCUGGGCUGCAAGACCCCGGCCCCAGGGCCAUGGCAGUGGAGGCAGCUGAGCCCCAGGGGGCCCCUGGGGGCAGAGGACCAGGUGGGAGCAGCAGCGUGUGGCUUGAGGCCCGGGUGCCUUUGGACUUGGGACUGGACCGCCAGAGCGUGAGUGCAGCUGACCAGGGGCCCCUCAGGUCAGUAGGGGCAGGCCUGCCCCCUACGCCAGCCCAGCAGCUCCCAAGAGCGUCAGACUCUGAAGCAGACAGGUUGCCGGCGGCCCCUGGAGGGGAGGCAGGGCAGAGUCCAGCAGACAGUGCAACAUCUAUGUUUAGCUCCCCGGAAGUGAUCAGUGUGUGGGAGAGGCUGCCUGGCCCAGAUGACACCCCUGAGGGCCAGAACCAGGAGACCUCCAAAGGCGAAAGUCAGCUUUUACAGGAGCUUAAUGCAGCCGAUGAUUCCUGGCCUUGGGAUGUGGUCACCAUUUCUCCUACAGCCGAGAAGUCCUCACCAGUCCUGCCGGGAGAGUCAGAUCAGCUGCCUUCUUCCCAGGGGAAUCCGGAGUCACAGGAGCUUCUGAGUCCCAAAGGGGGCGAGGGGCUUCCCUCACUGGAGCUGGAGCCAGAGUCAAAACCCAAGUGGGUGUCGGACGAGGGACUGCAGCCCAGCAUCACACCACCUCCCAAGCCACCACGCCUUUUCACACCCUCAGGUUCCAAGGAGGACGUGGAGGAGGCUGCAGGGGGGCUGACUAGCAGGGGGGCAGAGGCAGGAGAAGAAGAUGCUUGCCCAAGUGUGCUGGCUGCUGGUCUCCAGGAGGCCAAGGAGGAGGAGAAGCCUGGUUUGGAGCCUGAUGGCCAUUCUUCUGGAGCCCUGCUGCGUGAGCCAGACCUGGAAGAGCCAGCAGAGGAGGAGGCCAGCCUUCCUGUGUCUAGGUCCUGCUUGUCUCUGCCCGCCAGCUGCCCUGAGGGCCCUGCCCCUGCCCCCUGUCACUCUAAGAGCUUGACUCUUCAGAGUCAGCCCAUCUGGGGGGCUCCAGUGAGAGAAGGAGGCUCUGAGGCUUCUGAGGCUCAGAGCCAGGGACUAAUAGGAGAGGGACGCUCCCAGCAGGCUGACUUAUGGGCCUUUGAGGAGGAUGCCUUGAACCCCUUUUUGUCUCAGGGUUGCCCUGACCCCCCCAGUUUCCCAUCCACGUCCCCUCCAGGGUCCAGGGAAUCUUCCAUCCACUCUGGUCCUGAAGAGUUGCCCACUCCCCCAGAGCCUGCCUUUCCACCCCCUCUCCCACCCUGGGCCAGCCACCGCCAUGGGGGACCCAGCCCUCCAUGCUCUCCCCUGCCUGGAGCCUGGCCCCUGACCUCUUCCUCACCACUCCCGGGGGAGCCAGCCUCCCCUCUUGGGGGCUUCCCUACCCCACUUGGGGAGGACCACGCUGCAGCCACCCCAGCCUCCCCGCUUGUGCUUCUGCCCUUGGAGACACGACCAGCUGAGGAGUCACAGCCCAGUGCCAGUCCACACCCUGUGAAGCCUCUCAGCACAGCCCCUGUGGAGAGCAGCCCUGACAGGAAGCAGUCCCGCUCUAGUCUGAGCACAGCUCUGAGCAGCGGGCUGGAGAAGCUCAAGACAGUCACUUCUGGCAGCAUCCAGCCAGUGGCUCCGGCCCCUCAGGCUGGCCAGACAGUGGACACCAAGAGGCUGAAGGACUCAGGUGUGCUGGACCAGUCAGCCAAGUACUACCACCUGACCCACGACGAGCUCAUCUGCCUGCUCCUGCAGCGGGAGCGGGAGCUGAGCCAGCGGGACGAGCAUGUGCAGGAGCUAGAGAGCUACAUCGACCGGCUGCUGGUGCGGAUCAUGGAGACCUCACCCACACUGCUACAGAUCUCCCCAGGACCCCCCAAGUAGCUCUCCUCACCCCCACUCCCAGGAGGCUUGGUGUGCCCUUACUACUCAAAGAGAGCUUGCUCCCAGCCUCCCAUCCCUUUGAACUGUCAUCUGGUGCAGGAUGCAAUAUGUCCUCUGUUAUCACUCCUCCCCUCCCUUCUUGCCUCAACUGGAGCUACUGGCAGGGGCCCCUUUGGGCUCCCCCAUUAGAAGCAUCGAGUUCCAAGUACAGCUUGUGUGUCUCUGGGGACCCUGGAUCUUUCCACCUGCCUGUUUUCAUAUCCUUUAGCUCUUGGGGGCUCCAGGGAAUUGCAAGAAAGAAUUUUGCUCUCAAGACAGCAGGGGUGAGCUGCAGUUUGAUGUGAUCUCUGAGACGUCCCUUAUUACCCCCUAAGGAUGGCCAGCCAUUUCUUCUACAGCUAAGCACUUGUCCCCUUCACCUCCCUCCAGCCCUUGGAGGGCUCCUAGUAAUACUAGGGCUGUAGCAGGAACCAAGCUGCUCAUUUAUCUGUUAGUUAUGGGCAACCAGGAUACCUACUCUUCAGCCUCAGACCUAUGCCUACAAGAGCAAGGAGCCUAUAUGCGUUAGUCUCCUCUUUGCUGUGCCCUGAGUCUGUUUUUCUUCCAAGCUGUUUGCAGAGUGAAUGUGGUGUGGAUGUGUGUUCACUAGGAGGUCCCAUGCCCUCCUUUUCCGAUCGUCCAUUCAGUGUCACAUGUGAGUAUGUGGAGAGUGGGGGCAGGUAUGGGGGUCAAGCUUUCUCACCUACCUCCAAAGUGUCAGGCCUUAGAACUUGGGGCUGCUUAUGUUUUGGGGCUCAAACCUCCAUUUCUGUUCUUGAUGCCUGUCCAGAUGCCAAAACUCUGUGCAGCUGCAGGGUUUAAACUUUUGGAAACCAAUUAAAAUGUGCCUUUUGUGGGUGGGGUUAAGAGCCUCAGGAUGUAGACCUCUCUCCCUGUUUGGCAUUCAUCCCCACCACCCCUUUAUUGAGCACAUGGGACUGGAUGUGUUGGGGCUCUGGGGAUGGAAGUGGAGGAGGAGGGCAUCCUGCUGAGUGCUCUAGCCCUGCCCUCGAGUUAAUGUGAGUGAAGAGCCUGGCCAAGUUGCUGCUGCUCCCUCAGCCUCCUAGAUCUCUUCUCCCUCAGUCCCAGCUGAGGAGAGGCCUAGAAUAAAAGCUACAUUCUGAAAGUGGGAGGUCCCCCUCUGCCUCUACUUAGGAAAAAGCCUUUCUCUUCUCCAUCCACUGACUAGCUACCGUCCCAGCCUAUCCCUGCUGCCCCAUGACCUCACCUGGCUUGGCUGCUGUGCACUUUGAAAUAAAGUGUUUGCCCUUUGGCCUGGCCACUGGUCUGCUUGCCGGAAACACAACAGGCUUCACAUGGCAUCUGCAGGGAACCUUGGCAACUGGGGGCACCCUGCUCUAGCAAGAGUGGAGUGAAGAGGUGAUCAAAGAGUAUACUUUUGGCCCAGUAAGAAGGUGAGCGUUCCUCUAGGGCCACCUCUUAUUCACGAGAGGACCGGUGGAAGCACUUCAAAGUUUUGGAAAGAGAUGUGCUCUGUGGGUAGCAUCUCCUGCCGGGUCGACGCAUAGGAGCUCCACAGACUGGGGAGAGCCCUGUAAUAUUAACUACUACGAGGAUUGGUUAUCAGAGCUGAGGAAAGUGUCCACAGUUGUCCAGAACUUUUGGGCCACACUUUGAGGGGGAGGCUAUUGGGGUUAGAGCAGUGUUCCCCACACUUCCCUCCCCUCCCCGGUGGGGGGAGGAGGCUUACCCCUCUGUAUUCCUCUGGGCUCCAUUCACUCCAAGCCCAGAUCUGAUCUUCCACAUAUCAUUGAUCAUGGGCCUUCAAAAUAUCCAGGCCAUGAAGAGUUCAGAAGAGUUCUGACUUGAAGUCCAGGGCUCCUGCUGAAUGUUUCUGCUCCUGGCCACAAGCUCCUGGCCACAAACAGGCACAGUUCUGCUUUGCCAUUUGUCUUCCUAGUUGUAACUCCUGUUUAUAAAGAGCUUGUUCAUCAUGUUUGGAGCACUUUAUGAAGAAUUAAAAAAAUUCACAUACUG